AGCAAGAUGCCGGCCAUAGUGACGGAGCCUACGACGAAGCGCAAGCGUCCUGCCACGAAAGACCUGCCAAAGAAGCGCCCACGAGCAGGCCAAGACGACGACCAUGUCGAUAACUCCGAGGUCGACAUUCUCUCCCUCGAGACCGCUAUACUCGAGUCUAAGAAGAAUUACAACAACAUCACGGUCCUUCUCGACACCGCAAGGAGCCUGGAAGAGGAUGAGGAUACGGCGCUCCUUGCUGUCAUUGCCCUGUGCAGGGUCUUCGUUCGACUUCUAGCCGCCGGCGCUCUGCUUAGGAAGAAGAGCAUGCCCGAAAAGGAUGUCGUUGUCGUGCACUGGCUCAGGGAUCGUCUCGCCGAGUACCACGAGAUCCUCUUAUCCAUGUUUUCUCUCGAGGACUACGCAAUGACUAUCCUCACACUGUCCAUGCGACUCUUGAAGACGGAGGGCCAGUACCCACAGAGUGAAAGGGAUGCCUACUGCUUUCCGAAGUCGUUCCUCAAGGAUAUUGUUGGUGCGCUGUGUCAGUCUCUGGUCGACCCAGCCGUGCGGGCGGAAUUCGUCAGCAACUUCGUCGAUGAGUUUGAGGAUGUGCGGCUCUACACUUUUAAGGCAGUCCACGACAUCAUCGGGGAGCAAAGCGCAGCGUCGUCACCGGACUCAACCUUUGACAUUCUCUUUGAGCUCCUCUCGUCGAUCGAAGGCGUGCCGGAGUCGUCUGAAGAGCUCGAGGACUUCUAUGUUGACCCACCGGAGAAGAAGAAGGGCCACGAGCUGUUUUCUAUAGCAAAACACAAGAAACAGGCACAAGAGGCAUGGCUUGCGCUGAUGAGGCUUGAGAUGGACAAGGACCAGAGGAAACGGCUGCUGGAUGUCGUGUCGAGGGUCGUCGCACCCUGGUUUAUCAAGCCCGAGCUCCUCAUGGACUUCCUUACCGACUGCUACAACACCGGCGGCUCAAUGUCUCUGCUCGCCCUUUCUGGGGUCUUCUACCUCAUCCAGGAGAGGAACCUCGACUAUCCGGCAUUCUACACCAAACUCUACUCCUUGCUCGAUGCCGACAUACUACACUCAAGAUAUCGCUCGAGAUUCUUCCGCCUGCUCGACACCUUUCUAGCCUCAUCACAUCUGCCGGCAGCACUGGUCGCAAGCUUCAUCAAGCGUCUCGCCAGGCUCAGUCUGAAUGCCCCGCCGAGCGCGAUAGUGACCAUCGUGCCUUGGAUGUACAACCUGUUCAAAAAGCACCCAACUUGUACCUUCAUGAUGCACAGGAUACCGAGGACGGACGAAGAGAAGGAGAGGCUUGCUGACGAGGGCAUGCAGGACCCCUUCUUGCAAGAUGAGGAGGAUCCGAUGGAGACUCGCGCUAUCGACAGCUGCAUCUGGGAGAUCGUGCAGCUUCAGUCACACUACCACCCCAACGUGGCAACUAUUGCCAAGAUCAUCUCGGAGCAGUUCACCAAGCAGUUCUACCAGCUGGAAGAUUUCCUUGAUCAUUCAUAUGGGAGUCUCAUAGAAGCCGAAAUGACCAAGAACGUCAAGAAAGCUCCGGUCGUCGAGUUCCAGAUCCCGAAGAGGAUGUUCCUGCCUCAGGAUGCAGGUUCGGGGGUUGAGGAUGGCUUGUUGGUCAAACUCUGGGAGUUCCAGUAGAGAGGAACAUCAAUGGCAGAAUGAAUACACAGAUUUUUGAUACCCUGACACAUCCUAAAAAGAAGAAUGGAUAUGAUUUUGCAA